AUAUCUGCUCAGUCGUGCAGCACAUUAGGGGCGGGGUAGAGAAGUGGGAGGUGGGCUUUUAGGUGGCAAAGGCAAGACACCAAAGUUGCCAUUUUACUGCCGAGCAGCAAGAGAGAAAGACCAGUUUCUCCGCGGGACACUACUCAGACGUGAGCAAUGGGCGACUGGAGUUUCCUGGGAAACAUCUUGGAAGAGGUGAAUGAGCACUCCACCGUCAUCGGCAGGGUCUGGCUCACCGUGCUCUUCAUCUUCCGCAUCCUCAUCCUUGGGACGGCAGCCGAGUUUGUGUGGGGCGAUGAGCAAUCCGAUUUUGUAUGCAACACCCAGCAGCCGGGCUGUGAGAAUGUCUGCUACGAUGAGGCCUUUCCCAUCUCGCACAUCCGCCUUUGGGUCCUGCAGAUCAUCUUCGUCUCCACUCCAUCGCUGAUGUACGUGGGGCACGCGGUACACCACGUUCGCAUGGAGGAGAAGCGAAAGGACCGUGAAGCUGAGGAGCUCUGUCAGCAGUCGCGCAGCAACGGGGGUGAGAGGGUACCAAUCGCCCCAGACCAGGCCAGCAUCCGGAAGAGCAGCAGCAGUAGCAAAGGCACCAAAAAGUUCCGGUUGGAGGGCACACUGCUAAGGACCUAUGUCUGCCACAUCAUCUUCAAGACCCUCUUUGAGGUGGGCUUCAUCGUGGGUCAUUACUUCCUGUAUGGUUUCCGCAUCUUGCCCCUCUAUCGCUGCAGCCGGUGGCCCUGCCCCAAUGUGGUGGACUGCUUUGUGUCUCGGCCAACUGAGAAGACCAUCUUCAUCCUCUUCAUGUUGUCGGUCGCUUUUGUGUCCCUCUUCCUCAACAUCAUGGAAAUGAGUCACCUGGGCAUGAAAGGAAUCCGGUCUGCCUUCAAGAGGCCUGUAGAGCAACCACUAGGGGAGAUGGCUGAGAAGUCCCUCCACUCCAUUGCAGUGUCUUCCAUCCAGAAAGCCAAGGGCUACCAGCUCCUAGAAGAGGAGAAGAUCGUAUCACACUAUUUCCCUUUGACAGAGGUUGGAAUGGUGGAGACCAGCCCUCUUUCGGCCAAGCCUUUUGGUCAGUUUGAGGAGAAGAUCGGCACAGGACCCCUGGCAGAUAUGUCACGGGGUUACCAAGAAACCCUGCCUUCUUAUGCUCAGGUGGGGGCCCAGGAAGUGGAGCGGGAAGAGCCGCCUGUAGAGGAGGCUGUGGAACCGGAAGUGGGAGAGAAGAAGCAAGCAGCAGAGAAGGUGACCCCAGAAGGGCAGGAGACAGUUGCAGUGCCAGAUGGGGAGAGGGUAGAGACCCCUGGAGUGGGGAAGGAGGAUGAGAAAGAAGAGCUGCAAGCUGAAAAGGUAACCAAGCAAGGGCUGUCUGCGGAGAAGGCACCCUCACUCUGUCCGGAGCUGACAACCGAUGACAAUCGGCCCUUGAGCAGGCUGAGCAAAGCCAGCAGCAGGGCCAGGUCGGAUGAUCUCACCAUAUGAUCUGGUACAGAAGAAAGAUAGCCCACCUCCAGCCAAUACAGACCAAGAUAAACCCAGCUGGUGCCAAUAUACUUUGAGUCUUCUGUGUCCCUUGGUCCACUCCCACCCCUGGUUUGAUGCUGUUCUAGAACAAUGCACGCUGUACAACUAGGGGA